AUGAACUACCCGUCAAGGUCGGAUGAUACAGAGUUGCAUCCUGAUUGGAACCAAAAUCCUCAGGAUCUCAACUCUGACGCCACCACAAGGGCUGACCUCAAUGGCAUAGUCAAUCUCCGAGAAGCUCGAGAGCACAGGUCAGAUCCUCACAACGAUGAUCAGGACCAGAUAGAUUCGAAUGAUCAGCAUUGCGACGAAGAUGGGAUUGGAACGCGCCAACCUCGGUCGAAGGGCGACAUCUCUGUUCCUGCUGGUCCAGGAAUCGAAAGCACUUCUGCACCAAAGUCUUACGGUUCGAAAAUCAAAGAUGGCCUCAUCAAGUACGCUCAGUUCGUUGGGCCUGGCUUUCUCAUUGCCGUCGCGUACAUAGAUCCAGGAAACUACGCUACCGAUGUCGAGGCGGGCGCUAGCACCAAAUAUCGGCAUCUCUUCAUUGUACUCAUGUCAAACCUCUUCGCCAUAUUCCUCCAGUCUCUCUGCAUCAAGCUCGGCAGCGUUACGGGACUCAACCUGGCGGAAAACUGCCGCAAACAUCUCCCGCGUUGGCUGAACCUAGUUCUCUAUGUCCUUGCUGAAGCCGCCAUCAUUGCGACUGACAUUGCCGAGGUCAUUGGCUCUGCUAUCGCACUCAACCUCCUCUUCCAUAUUCCCCUCGUGGCCGGCUGCGCCAUCACCAUAGUCGAUGUGCUCAUCUUGAUGAUCUUCUGGUCGCCGGAUGGCUCGAUGCGCCGGCUGCGCUUAUUCGAGUUCUGUGUCAUGGGACUUGUGCUGGGCGUGAUGGUGUGCUUUUGCAUACAGCUCUCAUACAUCCACAACACUUCCGCUGGAGAGGUCUUUCGCGGAUAUUUGCCGUCCGCGGCCAUCAUCAAAGGUGAUGGCAUCUAUCUAUCCUGCGGUAUCCUCGGUGCAACAGUUAUGCCUCAUUCCCUUUUCCUGGGCAGCGGCAUUGUCCAGCCUCGUCUACGGCAUUUUGAUGAAACCAACGGUCUCCAACGUUUCACACCUCCACCAGCCAUGGCGCCCACCAACGCCUCGAAUUCUGAUGCCGAGAAAUACCUGCCAUCGCUAGAGGCAAUCCGCAGUUGCCUCACAUACUCCAUAAUCGAGCUCAGCACAUCACUUUUCACAUUUGCACUUUUUGUCAACAGCGCGAUCUUAAUCGUUGCGGGGUCCGCUCUAUACCCGAGCACGGAAGCCACAGAAGCAGAUCUGUUUGGCAUUCAUGCUCUGCUUUCGUCUUCUGUGUCGAAGGUUGCUGGCACGCUUUUUGCUCUGGCCCUACUGCUGAGUGGCACGAGCGCUGGCAUAGUCUGCACCAUGGCCGGGCAGAUGGUUAGCGAAGGCAUGCUCAAUUGGCGGUGCAAACCAUGGGUAAGACGACUGGUCACGAGGAGCAUCAGCAUCAUUCCGAGCAUCGUUGUUGCCGCUGCAGUGGGUAAGGAAGGUCUGAACAGGGCCUUGACCGCCAGCCAGGUGGUGCUAAGCGUCAUUCUUCCAUUUGUGAGCGCACCCCUGGUUUGGUUCACCUGCAGAAGCAAAAUCAUGAGUGUCAUGACUAGGGAGCAAGAACAUGAGACGAUCAACAUGCGGAAUGGAUGGGUGGCGGCGGGUUUCGCUAUUGCUAUCUGGCUCGUUCUAGUCGUUAUGAACGUGGCAUUGUUGGUGCUCGUCGGCUUGGGAAAAGCCUAG